GAUGAGAGAGCCUUCCCAGGCCAUACAAUGAGUUGCACCUAAUGUGAGCUUUGGCUACCCAGAUGCAAGACCAGGCAGUGUCUGCUACGCUAUACUGAAUCUUUCUCAGACGACAACGACCUUACUGUCUGUAUUAGGUGCUUCCUUGAAGUUGACAGAGAAUGGAAACACUCUUUUGGCAAUGUCUUUGGGAAGACUCCUCCGACGUGCCUCUUCAAAAGCCUCUGACCUCCUGACCUUAAAUGCCAGCAGCAGCGGCGGUGGCUCAUCUUCCAUCUUGGAUGGGGAGAUUAUCUACUCCAAGAACAAUGUCUGUGUCCACCCACCUGAGAUGCUGCAAGGCAUUGUGGAACACCAUCCAGGCUACUUGUGCCUGUACAUGGAGAAAGAUGAGCUGCUUGGAACCACCCUUAUCCUGGCCUGGGUCCCAAAUUCUCGCAUCCAGAGACAGGACGAGGAGGCCCUCCGCUACAUCACACCAGAGAGCUCUCCGGUCCGCAAGGCUCCCCGCAAGCGUAACCGCCACACUCAGGGUUUUGGCACCCCUAUGCAGGCUUCUUUCUCUGAACAGAAGCAAGCUGUGACACUGAAAGAAGAGGAGGACAUCUUGACCGUGUCGCAGCUGGUUAAGGAUGUGGCCCAUGUCAGCUCUCCUGAACAAGGGGAGAAGUUGUCCCAGGGUUGCUUGGCAACAGACAGCAUCCACAGCCCUGCACUGCCUGCCCACAGUGACUCAGGAAUCUUAUCAACAAUCAGUUCUCAGGAUGAGCAGAACCCGUUGGAGGCAUCGGAGGAAGGACUGGAGGGCCCCUUGGAGACUGGGGAAGAUGAGGGCUCUUUGGAAUUAUCUGCCGAUGACGUUAGCAGGGACAGCACAUUUGACUCAGAUUCUGAUGCCUUCUCUUCUCCAUUCUGUCUCUCCCCCAUAAGUGAAGCACUUGGGGAAAAUGUCAGCUCUGUGUUCCUGGUUAAUGAAAACAGAGAGCCAUGCAAAAGCCACAUGAUUCACUCCACAAGCUCCAGUUCAAGCCUUGAUCCCAACUUCCAGGAGAACAAUGGGCAAGUGCAGAACUCCAGGUGGGAUGAGCAGCAGAAGGUGUUUGCCUUGGAACAGAUCUGUGGGGUCUUCAGAGUUGACCUGGGACAGAUGAGGUCUCUUCGCCUUUUUUUCAGUGAUGAGGCAUGCACCAGUGGGCAGUUGGUUGUUGCUAGCAGAGAGAGCCAGUAUAAGAUCUUCCACUUUCACCAUGGUGGCCUGGAUAAACUGUCUGAAGUGUUUCAACAAUGGAAGUAUUGCACAGAGACCCAUCUCAAAGAUCAGCAGCUCACCGACAUGAAGACCUGCAUGCAGUUCUCAAUCCGCCGGCCCAAGCUGCCCUCUUCGGAGACCCAUCCUGAGGAGAAUGCCUACAAGCGCCUAGACGUCUCUGCUUGGCUCAGUCAUCUGAAUGAAGCUGGGCAGGUGGAGGAAGAGUACAAGCUCAGGAAGGCGAUUUUCUUUGGUGGCAUCGAUGUCUCCAUCCGUGGCGAAGUCUGGCCCUUCCUGCUGCACUACUAUAGUUUUGAAUCAACUUCAGAGGAGAGGGAGGCUCUGCGGGCGCAGAAGAGAGAAGAAUACUUUGAGAUCCAGCAGAAAAGACUCUCUAUGACACCGGAUGAGCAGAAGGCAUUCUGGCGAAAUGUGCAGUUCACGGUCGACAAAGACGUGGUGAGGACUGACCGCAGCAACCAGUUCUUUCGAGGAGAGAACAACCCCAAUGUGGAAACAAUGAGGCGAAUCUUGCUGAACUAUGCAAUAUACAGCCCUGCCAUUGGCUACUCCCAGGGGAUGUCUGACCUUGUCGCCCCAAUCCUGGCUGAGGUUCUGGAUGAAUCGGAUACUUUCUGGUGCUUCGUAGGUCUGAUGCAGAACACGAUCUUUAUCAGCUCCCCUCGCGACGAGGAUAUGGAGAAACAGCUGAUGUACCUGCGAGAACUGCUGCGGCUGAUGCACGUGCGAUUCUACCACCACCUGGCCUCCCUUGGGGAGGAUGGCCUGCAGAUGCUCUUCUGUCACCGCUGGAUCCUCCUCUGCUUUAAGCGCGAGUUUCCGGAUGCUGAGGCUCUGCGUAUAUGGGAAGCCUGCUGGGCUCACUACCAGACAGACUAUUUCCAUCUCUUCAUCUGCGUGGCCAUUGUGGUGAUCUACGGGGAUGAUGUCAUUGAACAGCAGCUGGCUACUGACCAGAUGCUGCUGCAUUUUGGGAACUUGGCCAUGCACAUGAAUGGGGAGCUCGUUCUCAGGAAGGCUAGAAGUUUGCUGUAUCAAUUCCGCCUGCUACCCAGGAUCACCUGCAGCCUGCAUGAUUUAUGUAAACUGUGUGGAACCGGCAUGUGGGACAGUGGCUAUAUCCCUGCUGUGGAGUGUACAGGAAAUCACCCGGACUCUGACAGCUGCCCUUAUGGGGGAAUGGUGGAUGAGCCCUCUCCUAAACCAGGCAAUGAAGGCAGGAGGGGUCUGAAAUCACGAGAAGUCUUCACCUUCCGGAAAUGACAACUCUGGCCUUAUGGGCACACAGUGACUGAAAACAUGAAAUGGGCACAAAGAAAUUGGCAUAUGAGAGA